AUGCUGAGAAGAAGUCUGGGAUCUUUGCGAUCUUUCUCAUCGAAAUGCAAAUCGGAGCCGCAAACCGCCUCAAAAUCUUCAAACACUAUUAGAAAAGAGGCGAAUUUGGUUGGGCAUAUCGCAGCUUUUCCGGAAAUUUAUCCGGAUUUUUUGCAAUCACCGGUUUGGAAUCGGAGAAAUGCGUUGAAAGAGGAAUUGGAGAGAAGAGAUAUGUUGGAAAGAAGAAUGAAUAUUGAUAUUCCAGAGUUUUAUGUUGGUCAGUUUAGGGAGAAGAAUUCGAAUUUUUUAUAAGAGUUCCCUAUGCACAGAAAAUCGAUAUUUCUUGGUAAACAUUCAAUCAUUUGUCUUCUUGAUUUGAGGAUAAGCCUCACAAUGAAUUCCUGAUCAAAAAAUUUGAUUUCUGGAAAAGUGAUAGGAGUUUUCCUCAAAUUUAAAUAUUAACUGAAGUGGUUCUUACGUGGAAUUCAGAAAUCUGCUUCAUAAAUGCCUCAUGUUUUUUCGUUCCAUCAAAAAUAUAUUCCAAACUUUCUCACUGUUUCAAAAAUUUGAUAAAAUAAUUUUCAUGAACUUUUUUUGUUGAUUCCCCCGAACAUAUAAUUUCAAAAUUAUAGAACUCAAAUUUGAACAAUUUUUCACUGUUUCAAGUAUGACCUAACUUUUUUACAUUUUAUUAAAUGUUCAAUUGUGAUAUUGAACCUAUUCAAAACUAAAAAAUGAGUUUUCUGAUUUUUUGAAAAUUUCACUGUUUCAAGAAAAAUGUAAUUUUUCUAGAGGAAUUUUUGAAUUGAUAAGUAAUCUUCACACAUCAACCAUAUUUCCAGGUUCAAUAGUUGCUGUAACUUCAAGCGAUUCAAAUCUCGGAGCAAAAGAGCACAGAUUUGUUGGAAUUUGUAUUCGCCGCGAAAAAGAAGGUCUUCAUCAUCAAUUCACUUUGAGAAAUACUAUUGAAGGAAUCGGUGAGUUUUUGGCUUAGAUAUAACAUCUAUCCAUUGCAAAUUUAAUUACAGGAGUCGAAAUCAUGUAUGAUUUAUACAACCCAACGAUCAAGAAAAUCGAGACUUUGAAAUUGGAAAAACGAUUGGAUUCGGAUUUGAGCUAUUUGAUCGAUGCUUUGCCAGAAUAUUCGACUUUUGAUUUUCAUAUGGAACCAUUGGCACAUCCAGCUGGAACACCAAUUCCAAUUAAUGAGACCAAGGUUAGUUUUGGGCCUGAUGUCAGCUGUGAAUUUGGGCAAAUGAUUUUUUUUUGAGGGUUUGAAAUGGCCAAAAUUGUAUACGUGUCAGAACUUUGAUAUUUUUUCGAAUAUAAUUAUCUUUUUCGAUGCAGACAAAAAAAUAUUUGGAGAUUCUGGACUAUCAAGAACAUAACGCACUAAUCACAUCUCAAAAUAUGUUAUUAACAAUGAAAAUUGUCUGAAACAGCAGAUUUUUGCAAUUAAGAUAUUUUUCAAAUAUAUACUGUUUCAAAAUGUAUUUCAAUCUCAUUUGCCAACAAAAUUUUUUUAUGAAAAAUAGAAUUCUCAAAUUCCUCCACCCCGAAAUUAUACGUUUCAAGAAUUUUAUAUGAUUCCAAAAAUUUUUUGGGUUUUUGAUGGAUUGUUUUCGAUGUUAUCUACAAAAAUAAAAAGAAAUAAUAGGACAUUUGUUUUUAAUUUCGCAUUAUUUUUCUGAAGCUCUAUUAUUUCAUGAAUUCUAUAAAAAUAUUAGAAUUGGAACUUUCUGACGAGGUUUUUUGGGAACCUGAAAAUUUACGUUUCAAAAAUUUCAUAAUUUUCAAAAAAUUUUAGGAGUAUUGAUGGGUUUAGCUCAAUAUUAUCCACAAAAAUACAUAUUUUGGAAAUGUGAGUGAAAUCUUUAACUUCAGAAUAUUUUUCGCGUACAUUUUUUGUAACCUCAAAAAAUUACUGUUUCAAAAAUGUUAUGGUUUUUAACGUUCUGAUUUUGCUUUCGUCUAAAUUUUUUUUAAUUUGACAUUUUAUGUAAUAAAUACUUUACUAUUUCAAAAGAAAUUAGGCUUUCUUGGAAAUUCAGCGACAAAAAAUUUACCAGAAAAUCUCGAACCGCUCCCAAAUUCCAGGUCAAACUAAAACCAGCUCCAUGGACUCGUCGCUGGGAAAUCUUUGGUUGUGCUGGAAUCGAAGAUUCGUGGAGUGGAGCAACACCGUGGUUCAAACGAAAAUUGCAAAAAACCAAAGUGAACGACUAUGAAAAAUAUGAUUUGGUGGCGGCUUAUCGAGAAGGUUCGACUUUGGAACACGAAGUUGCGGUGCAGAAACAAAUUCAGAAGUGAGUUCGGGGGAUAUUUUACUGUUUCAAAAAGAAUGUACUUUUUAAAUUUAAUAUUAUCAAAGUAAAAAAAUUUGGCAAAAAAGAGAAGCCAGAAAUUCAAAUCCCAAUUUCCCCAAGUACGGUAUUCCUCUGCGUCACUAACACCGUUUCGAGACCACACCAUUGGGCAGAGAAACAAAGUCAAAGACGCACAUAUGGGUCUCGCAGCGACUGAAAGAAACACCGUACUUGGGAAGAGUGUCGUUUGAAUUUCUGGGAUCCGUUUUUUUGCCAAUUUUUUUUAUUUUGAUAAUAAUAGAAAAAUCAUGUUUUCUUGAAUUUUCUACCAAAAUUUUUUUUUAAUAUUUAUGAAACAGUAAAUUUUGAAAAACAAAUAUUUUCUGAUUUUGGUCGAAAAUCGAAUCAAAAUUCAAAGAAAAAUCGAAAAAUAUAUUUAAAAAAUUUGAAACAGUAAGUUUUCCAAAAAAAAAAUAAUCUGCCUUAUAUUUUUUUGCCAAAAAUUCAAAUUCCACCUUUUUUGUUUCAGAUUCGAAAAUGAACGCCACGCCGCCGGUUUGACAAGAAGAAGAAUUUUGAGAAGCGCUGCUGCCGCAAAAUAA